AUGGUGGAGGAAGAAGUGGAGGUUUUGCAAAGUAUAUACGGCGAUGAACUUGUAGUCGAGAGGAAUUUUGCAGAGAACGAGCCACCAAUAAUAUUAAGCAUGAAAAUACGAUCAGCACUAUCGCAGUCGCAGUGUGCAACAACUAUUCAUGCUGUUAUCGAAUUACCAAAGCAGUACCCAAAAAUAUCUCCGAAAGUUUAUUUACGACAACAGCGAGGAUUUGAUGAAAGCAAUGCGAUUAUUCUUCAGGAAAGCAUCCAGGAGUAUAUUGAAGCCAAUAUCGAUAUGCCUAUCCUUUAUGAUAUUUUCCAAAUGGUCCAAAAAUUUGUGGAAACUGAACGAAAUUUUCCGUGCACUGUUUGUCCAGUGUGUUUAGACGGGUUUAAUGCAGAAACUAGUGCUUUUUGUACAUCAAACUGUGAUCAUUAUAUUCAUCAGAAUUGUUUUAUAUGUUACGUAAACUACACAAAGGGUGAAAUCACGAGAGAACUUAGUGAAUGGCCAGAAGAUAUGAAAUCAAAGGUGGAUCAGGUCUUAAAAUGUCCAAUAUGUCGAACGCCACUAAGUGAACAAGAUUUAUCAACAGUUGGUCGGGAAUCAAUCACUUUGGAUGAAGCUAUUGUAGAUAAAGGAAAUUUUGAAUUUAACUGGGUAAAAUGGCGAUCAAAACUCAAAGAAUUACAGCCAGUUUUCGAACGGCAAAAGGCUAAAGGCGGUUUAAUUGAUCCGGAGGAAGAACGAAAGCGUUAUCUCAUCACUGAUGAUAUUGUGUUUGAAAGACAGCCUGUCGCAGAAUCAUCCCAUCAGAAAGAAAAUGUCGAAGCCGCUGAACUUUUCGAAAGUGUAUCAUCAAAACCCUCUUGCCAGUUUUUGGAUCAUCAAAAGAAGAAUCGAGGUGGAAUUGGUUACAUUCUCAGAUAG